AUGACUGCUGUCGCAUCUCCACCUAGUGUGCAAUCGGGGUCUCGCUUGGGAUGGUACAGCACUGGUGACGGAGGACAAGGAGCCCUGUCUUCGAUGAACACCGACGAAGUGUCACGGAUGUUCAUGCCAAGGAAACACGUUCAACGGUCGAAUUCCUCUUCCUCGCUUGGGUCAACUGCCUCCACGAACACUGUGACCAGCAACAAUUCACAAGAUAUCCAUGCUGGGCAGGUAUCCAACAGUGAAUCCGGUACCUGGUCAUCGAAACCAAAGUCUACCCGCAAAGUCUGGCCAAACUCCAAAGCCGAACCAGUCUCGGGAGUUUCAACUGCACGAUCUCAAGCGGGUCCUGCAUUCUCGUCAGGGCCGACUGCCUCAUCCACAAUGUCCGCGAUUCACCAGCCAUCCUCUAUUGUCCCAUCACAGCACAUGCUUCAGUCUUCUCAACAGAAUGGGGUCCGACAGCAGCCCAACGGACAAUCUGCGGACCCUCCAGCUAUAUUGGCCCUUACGCCAAUGAAUCAAACCUUUGAGAAGAAACAGAUAAAUGUGCCCUUUUACCCUGAAGUUUUACGGAUCGGCCGCCAGACGAAUGCGAAAACAGUCCCGACCCCAUUGAAUGGAUUCUUUGAUUCAAAGGUACUGUCUAGGCAACACGCUGAGAUCUGGGCCGAGAAGGCAGGAAAAAUUUGGAUUCGCGACGUUAAGUCUUCAAAUGGAACUUUCGUCAACGGACAUCGGUUGUCACCUGAGAAUAGAGAGUCGGAUCCCCACGAAUUACGGGAAAACGAUACCCUUGAGCUCGGAAUCGAUAUUGUCAGCGAAGAUCAAAACACCAUUGUCCAUCACAAGGUCUCUGCUAAAGUUGAGCACGCCGGUCUUUAUGGAUCAACCCCUAACAUCCUUGACCUAAAUUUCGGAGACUUGGAUCCUGCAUCUGGGGGCGGACUUCUACCUUCGCCCCUCAGCCAACCGCUUUCGCACAUGCGCGGACGAUCUGGUAGCAACAUGAGCAAUCGUUCUGCUCAGAGUGCUGCUAGCAAUCAGCUCAACGUGGUCAAAAGACUCACGAACGAGUUGAAGCAAGCCAAGCAGCAAUCUCAAGAUCUUCGCCAAACCGACGAUUUUCUGACAGCGAUCAGACAGCCAGGUUAUGCUGAGAAGGAAAGAGUGAACAAGCCGUCGCCUCUCGAAGGCAACCCUUCCCGUCAACUUAACGGACGCCCCAAAAUGCCCCGCGUCGAUUCUUUCUCCAGAUUCUCAGACCCACCCGCACCUCCGCCUCAACAACCUCUCCCCGAAAAGCCCGAUGCUCCCCCACGUAGUGGGUCGGAGUCUUUCUCGCCCCUAAAGCGCAGUGAUACGGAUAAACCCAAGUCAAUGUCCACGAGCUCCCCUGUUUCUCGCGAAUCGAGUCAGAUUUUGUCUCUUAUUGAGGCAUUGUCAAUUGCCAAACGCGAAAUUGAUACUCAGGGAACUCGUAUCAAGGAGCUCGAAGAUCUCCUUCGCGAGGAGAAAACUGCGCGUGAAUCUGCUGAAGACAAGGCCAAGAAGCUGGAGACUCCUAGCCCGACAGAGGAAGAAGAAAUUAAAACCGAGAAGGCCCACCCGGAAGCUCUGGAUGAAGGACUCCCCGUCAAACAAGAACAAGACGGUGUGAAAUCCAUCGGAGAACCCAACGGUACCAUCCUGUCUUCAGAGGCUCCCUCACCACCCGAAAACAAAGAGGCAGAAUCUUCCGCGAAAGCACACGCCGAGCAAUUGCAGCGUCGUCUUGAUACUAUGGCCGGAGAGAUGGAAGAGAUGCGAAAGCAAAUGGCGUCUUUCAGGGAGCGUGCUGAGACCGCUGAGGAUGAGACAGUGCAGUCGAGGAAGUCUUUGGCAGAGAUGAUCGAAACUCUCCGCCAAGAACGCACAGAAAAAUCUGCAGCCAGAGCCACUGAGUCCAAGACAGAUGGAUUCAAUGAUGAUCCGGCAAAGACUGUUUCUGACCAUUCAAUUUUAACCGAGAAUGGCGUUGCCAAAAUUGGCGCCCCGGCACAGAACUUUGACCCCGGAUCUGCAAAGAGCAAAGAGGAGGAUUCUACUUCAAACGUUACGACUUCCUUGCAACGGCGUCAGUACCUCGAGGAAGCAAGUCCCUACGCUUCCAUAUUCGGAGUGGUACUCCUUGGGGUCGGAUUAAUGGCCUAUCUCAACGGGUGGCAAAAGUUGGACAAAUAA